AUGGGGGCGCUGAGCAGCCGGCAGAACGCGGCCGUGGAGGAGGUGGAUGUCCCCGCCAAUUCCCUCUACAGAUACCCGCCGAAAUCCGGGAACUACUUUGCCAACCACUUCAUCAUGGGCGGCGAGAAGUUCGACUCGACGCACCCCGAGGGCUACCUCUUUGGCGAGAACAGCGACCUCAACUUCUUGGGCAACCGCCCUGUCCCGUUCCCCUAUGCUGCUCCACCUCCUCAGGAACCCGUGAAGACCCUCAGGAGCUUAAUCAACAUCCGCAAGGACACCCUGCGCCUCGUUAAGUGCUCGGAAGAGGUGAAGACACUGGGGGAAGAGGUGAGCAAGGCAAAGGUGCACUACAACGUGGAGUUCACCUUCGACACAGACGCCCGUGUCGCCAUAACCAUCUACUACCAGGCGAGYGAGGAGUUCCAGAACGGAGUGGCAAGCUACAUCCCCAAGGACAACAGCUUGCAGUCGGAGACGGCGCACUACAAACGGGGGGUAUGCCAGCAGUUCUGCAUGCCCUCGCACACCGUGGACCCCUCGGAGUGGCCAGAGGAGGAGCUGGGCUUUGACCUGGACCGGGAGGUGUACCCCAUGGUGGUGCAUGCCGUGGUGGAUGAAGGGGACGAGCACAUGGGCCACUCUCACGUGCUGCUGGCCACCUUUGAGAAGCACACCGACGGCACCAUCUGCGUGAAGCCCCUCAAGCAGAAGCAAGUGGUGGACGGCGUAAGCUACCUCCUCCAGGAGAUCUACGGCAUCGAGAACAAGUACAACACGCAGGACUGCAAGGUGGCCGAGGACGAGGUGAGCGACAACAGCGCCGAGUGCGUCGUGUGCCUCUCCGAUGUGCGCGACACCCUCAUCCUGCCGUGCCGCCACCUCUGCCUGUGCAACACGUGCGCCGACACGCUGCGCUACCAGGCCAACAACUGCCCCAUCUGCCGCCUGCCUUUCCGCGCCUUGCUGCAGAUCCGAGCCAUGAGGAAAAAGCUGGGCCCGCUGUCCCCCACCAGCUUCAACCCCAUCGUUGCCUCGCAGGCCUCCGACUCGGAGGAGCACUCGUCCUCGGAGAACAUCCCGCCGGGCUACGAGGUGGUGUCCUUGCUGGAGGCCCUCAACGGGCCGCUGGCGCCGUCACCGGCCGGGCCGCGGAUGCGCGCGCUGGGCGAGGGCCGCGGCGCGGGGCCGCUGCCCUCCUACGGCGGCGAGGGCCGCCUGCCGCCGCUGCGCGCCCUCUCGCCCCUCGACGGCCACAGCCAGGGGCUCAAGCUGAAGAAGAGCCUGUCCAAGUCCAUCUCGCAGAGCUCCUCCAUCUUGCCCGAAGAGGAUGAGGAGAAGUCCUACAGCGAGUCAGAGGUCAGGAUUGUCCCGAGGAAGUCACCUGCUCGGCACGAGGAGGAAUGCGGCGUGACGCCCGAGAGUGAGAACUUCACCCUGUCCUCGUCAGGAGCCAUCGACCAGUCCUCGUGCACUGGCACCCCGCUCUCCUCCACCAUCUCAUCCCCAGAAGACCCUGUGAGCAGCAGUCUGGCCCAGUCCGUCAUGUCCAUGGCCUCCUCGCAGAGCCAGCACUCUCAGAUCAGCACCGACACCGUCUCUUCCAUGUCAGGCUCCUAUAUCGCUCCUGGCACGGAGGAGGAGGGUGACAUGCUCCCGUCACCGGCGGCGGCCAGCGCCGUGACCUCYGAAGGAGAGUCGACACCUGUGGAAUCCCCGGAUCUCAACUUCGUCAGCAUCUCUGCCGAGGAGCGUGAUGCCGAGGGUAACGACGUGCUGGAAGACGAGGACAUCUCUCCCACGCAGGAAGACGGCCCGAGGACAGGCGCUUUCCUCGGUCUGCGCUGCGACAAUAACAAUGACGUGGCCAUCGCACACGUGAAAGUGCUGGACAAUAAGCUGUGCUCUGAGGCCUGCUUACCUGGUGAGUGGCCGCCUGCCGAACAUGAACUCGGGCUGGGGGGGACAUUUUUUGCUCUGCCCUGUGUCACUCCCCGUCCUCCUGAUCUUCCUGCCCUUUCUCACUGUCAUCUAUCCUCAUCUCCAUCCCACUGUCCAUCCCACUGUGUGGCUGCCCACCAGUUUUGCAGGGGACGUGAUUUGAGGGAGAACUCGGUGUUCGUGUCAGAGCUGCUGGCGUUUGAGCUCUGCAGCAUUGCUGGUUUCGAUGCACUGAAAGUAGGUGCUCAUCCAGAGGUCUAUCCGGGACAAGCAUAG